CCUUGGUUAAAAGCUAACUCAAAAAUGGAAUAUAGAAACUAUUAUUUGAGCUUUCUACUGGCUUUAUGGCUCUCAUGUCCAUACUCCAAUUUGUUAGCACAAACUCCUCCAUACAAAGCUGUGAAUCUUGGAAACUGGCUUCUGACAGAAGGCUGGAUACUACCUUCUCUCUUUGAUGGAAUUGUCAAUAAAGAUCUCUUGGAUGGAACUCAAGUACAACUUUUGUCCACAAAGUUUCAAACUUAUCUUAGUGCCGAAAAUGGCGGACGAGAUGCUAUUGUCGCCAACCGCGGUUCGGCUUCUGGUUGGGAAACAUUUAGGCUUUGGAGGGUCAAUGACUCAUCCUUCAAUCUUAGAGUGUUCAACAAGCAAUUUGUGGGGCUAAAUAAUCAAGGAGCCAACAAACUUGUAGCAGCUUCAAAUUCACCUAGCAACCAAGAAACAUUUCGGAUUAUACGGAACAAUGACGAUCCACUCAAAAUUCGAAUCAAAGCAUCGAAUGGUCUAUUUUUGCAGGUUCAAUCAAAGACAUCAGUGAGUGCAGAUUAUCAAGGCACGACGAAUUGGGAAGAAAGUGAUCCAUCGGUUUUUCGUAUGAAAAUUGUAAGAACUUUACAAGGAGAGUACCAACUUACUAACGGUUAUGGCCCGGAUAAAGCUUCUCAAGUCUUAAAGGAUCAUUGGAGUUCAUAUAUAACAGAAGAUGAUUUCGUAUUCAUGUCGCAAAACGGAUUGAAUGCGGUGAGAAUACCAGUUGGAUGGUGGAUAGCUCAAGAUACAAACCCGCCUAAGCCUUUUGUUGGAGGAUCAUUGGCAGCACUAGACAAUGCUUUCACAUGGGCACAAAACCAUGGGAUGAAAGUGAUUGUGGACUUGCAUGCUGUUGAAGGUUCUCAAAAUGGCAAUGAACAUAGUGGAGCAAGAGAUGGAUAUGUAGAAUGGGGCGAUUCGUAUAUACCUCGGACAGUCUCUGUCAUAGAAUCCUUGGCAAAAAGAUAUGGUAAUAGACAAAGUUUAGGAGGAAUAGAGCUGAUGAAUGAGCCACAAGGUGUGAAUCUAGAGAGCCUGAAGAAGUAUUACAAGGCGGCUUACGAUGUUGUGAGGAAAUACAACCCGAAUGCUUAUGUGAUCAUGUCGAAUCCAUUGGAUGCAGAUUCGAAAGUUCUUCUCUCAUUUGUUAGUGGCUUCGACAAAGUAGUCCUCGAUGUGCAUUACUACAAUCUUUAUUCAGACAGAUUCAGUAGCAUGAAUGUUCAACAAAAUGUUGACUAUAUACGAAACGAAAGAGCCUCAUAUCUUAGUGGUGUGUCUUCGACAAAUGCUCUUAGUUUUGUAGGAGAAUGGUGUGGUGAGUGGAGCAUACAAAGUGCAUCUAAAGAAGAGUAUCAAAGAUAUGCACAAGCACAAGUGGAUGUGUAUUCUAAUGCAACAUUUGGAUGGGCUUAUUGGACCUAUAAAUGUCAGUAUAACCAUUGGAGUCUCAAGUGGAUGAUCGAGAACGGUUACAUAAAAGUUUAGAUGUAGGGGGCUUGUUUCCUCAACCGAACAUCGAUCUCUUAAGAUUUGUGCACCGGAAAAAAUCGUGUGGACGCGUACUUUUGAAAAUAUAAGGUUAUUGGAUGAAUUUGUUUUAAGCUUUGUUUAUGAAUGUAUUAAGUAUGGUUUUAUACGAAUAUGAUUGCUAUUUUUGUUGAUAUGCACCGAAUUAAC